AUGUCUUCACCAGACUUAAGAAAGUACAUGAAUAAGAAGCUUCUACUACAACUAAAUGGCGAUAGAAAACUAGUGGGAAUACUAAGGGGAUAUGAUGCAUUCUUAAAUGUGGUACUGGAUAACCCAAUACAAGUAUUCGACGACGGAGAAGUACAGAUAGGACCCCAAACGGUGGUUAGAGGUAACUCAAUAAUAUCUAUUGAACCACUAGAUAGCUUAUAA